AAAACAAAACAAAAAAAAAGGACUAAACGAGCUGUUACAGUGGAAACCCUACUUUCGUAGUCAUGACUACGACAAAUUAGUUGUACAUAAAUUAAACUUUAUACGCGUCAUAUUAACUAGAGUAGAGCCUUAACAACCACAGUUUAUGCGGUUAUAUCUUUGUUGAGAUAAGUCGUAAAAAAUUUGGUUUAUGAACGACUUUCGUAGUUAUGCCGUUUCAUAAAAGGCAUUAAAAUGUCGCUGAGUCUAGAUGGAUAUUUGAUUGUUAGGUCUUUUGACGAGCUUAUUUGCAUUUUUGAUAAUAUUAGGAAUGGGCUGGCUAUCGUUGGUGCUAUUUAUACUACCAGUGCAGUGAUUAGGCUUCUAAGGAGAAUUAUAUACAUAACAAGAGUAUAUGCUAUCCCAAAGUUAUUUUAUUCUUCUGAUUUGUCUUUAAAAUAUGGUGGAAAAUGGGCAGUUGUUACAGGCGCAUCAGAAGGCAUCGGUCGAUCGUAUGCUAGAAAGUUAGCCCAACGAAAGUUAAAUGUUCUUCUUAUAUGUAAAAACACAGAUAAACUUCUUCUAGUUGCUGAAGAAAUCAGCUUAGACUAUAACGUGCAAACAAAAUGUAUAUCCAUGGAGUUAGUUAACCUUUCAGAAGACAGCUUUUACAGUUUUGUGGAAAACACGCUCAAUGAAAUUGACGUUGGAAUACUCGUAAACAAUGUCGGAACAAACGACAUAAACCUAUUUGCGUGUUAUGGAAGAAAACCACAUCAACAGCUCAUAGAUAUUAACAUCAAAUCAAUCGUUUUAUUGACACAUAUAGUUCUGCCUCAAAUGGUAAAAAGAAAAGCAGGGGCAAUUGUGAAUAUAUUUUCUUUAAUCUCAAAUCUUCCUUUUCCGUAUUUGACUUUAUAUUUUGCAUCAAAGUCUUUUAUAGAUUCUUUUUCUAAGUUACUUCAAAUUGAAAAUGCAUGUCAUAACAUCUAUAUACAAUCCCUCCAACCUGGUUUUAAAUGUUCUUUGCCAUUGCAAAACUCUAGAUUAAGUAGAUUUUUUGUUGUAGAUCCUGAUACAUUCUGUGAGUCUGCUAUUAAAACGCUUGGGACAACGCAUAGCACUCAUGGUUAUUGGAAAUACGGGGCAAUGGAGUAUUUAAAUGAUUUUUUUGGUGUUUUUUAAAUGAACUAAGAAUAUAAUUACGACUAAGAU